GCACAAACAACUCGUCAAUCAUCAUUUCGAGGACUGAUGAAGCAAUGCGACAUUCAUAAACCGCCAACUACAUCAAUUUAGGGAAAGAAUGGAAGCAAAAGACUGAACAAUUAUUCGACCAAAAAUCUUCGACAGAAAUUCAUUCUCUUACUAUUGAAUCUUCAACCGAAUGUACAUUUGAUCAUUGGACAAGGUCGCGAACUUCUGCCAGUCUCUAUCUCCGUGGAUCAAUUAGCUGAAAAUCAACGGAUGAAGAUGAAAGACAACUAUCAGAAGAGCAAGGGAUGAAAAUGGAGACGAAAAGUCAAGAAGAUGGCAAUGGUGAAAGGGCCGGCGUGGUUGUCGAAAGUACAAAACCACGAGUCCGACUGCCAGUAAUGACACAAGGAAUCAUCAAUCCCGUGGCCAUUACACAGCUUCAAGAUGAACUUGAGGAUACCAAGAAGGAAUUGGAUAGGCUGCAAGCAACACGGAUGCUUUCGGAGGACGAGAUAAUUCUGUCGAAGAGAAUGAGCCUGCUAAAAUUGAUAGGGAUGUUUCCAGCUGUGGGAGAUCAGAUUCAUUUCAAAAUGGGUCAGAAGUUAAACGAUCUCCGCAAAGAAUACGAGGCCAAAAUCAAGCGAUCAAAGGAUGAGCAUCAUGACAAUCAUUCAAGAGACAUGGCAAUUGUGCGAGAGAUGGAAUUGAAAUUAUUCAAAGCUGAGGAAAGACUGAAUUCGUUGGGAACGAUUGCAAAGAUGCAUCCAAAUGCGACGGUUGGUGAGGUCUGGUUAAAUAUUCAGAAUGAGACUUACGAUCCGUUAAAAAAGGGUACCAUUGAGCCAAAGCCCAUCUAUAAAUCGGAGCGGAAUACUGAACUCAAGCCUCACGCACAAUUUCUUCUGACGGCCUUACCUCCAAUAACCCUUUUCGAAAUAACAGAUGGGCAAACAGCGAUGGUCGAAAAAGGGGAUAUGAUGAGCCUGCAAAUGGCGAUCUCCGCGAAGGUUCCAAGUGGUUGAGAACAGCGUAAAUGAAUUACAAUAGGGAGGCCCGUUUUGACGAGAGGCAGAAGAUUCAUGAUAUUUUGGAGGUUUAUCUACGUCGAGGAGGCCAAUGUAGUUGAAAUAUACCAACUGACAUUGAUUUAAUUGAGAGCAUGGAGAACCUUGUCACCAAGUCAACAAGAUUCUUCAUUAUUUCAUAUAUAAAUAUGACUCGAUAUCAUGUACAGCAACCCAA